UAUAAAAUUUGAAAGUGAAAAUAUCGCUUAAAAUGAAUAAAAAUUAUUAACCAAAUAUGCAGUGACUAAACUAUAUUUAAGUCAAUAAUAGAAAAUACAAACAAGGAUUGAUAAAAUAAAACUUAGUAAUAAAAUAAUUGGAUUUCACAUAAAGUGUAACGUCACGGUGUGCGAUGAAAGAGAAAAGCAAAAAUGCCGCACGUUCCCGGAGGGAAAAGGAAAACUCCGAGUUUGGAGAAUUAGCAAAAUUACUCCCUUUGCCACACACUGUGACAACGCAAUUGGACAAAGCAUCAAUAAUAAGACUAACAACAUCAUACUUGAAAAUGCGUCAGGUUUUUCCAGAAGGAUUAGGCGAAGCUUGGGGUGCACAACAUACACCUACGAACCCACGUGAAUUGGCGAUUAAGGAAUUAGCAUCACAUUUAUUGCAUGCAUUAGAUGGAUUUAUAUUUGUAGUGGCACCCGAUGGUAAAAUUAUGUACAUUUCGGAAACGGCAUCUGUUCAUCUCGGAUUAAGUCAAGUUGAGUUGACGGGAAAUUCCAUCUAUGAGUAUAUUCAUAAUUUUGACCAGGACGAAAUGGCGUCAAUUCUCGCAUUACAGCCAAGCUCGUUUGGGCCAAGCAAUGCAUCUGCCUACAAUGGUCAUAAUGUCAGCAAUGGCAAUAACGUUCCACCAGCUGCUGUUGUACCACCAACAAAUGGACACAGUGGGCAUCAUCAUCAUUCAUACAAUCAUCAUAUGCAUCAGCCAUAUCAUACGGUGGAAAUAGAAAGAUCGUUUUUCCUGAGGAUGAAGUGCGUUUUAGCAAAACGUAAUGCAGGCCUGACAUCGUCUGGAUACAAAGUAAUCCAUUGUUCCGGUUAUCUGAAGGCCAGAAUCUAUCCAGGUGGCGAUCCUGCUUUUGGUGAUUCGACACAUGGCUGCAUACAAAAUUUGGGUCUUGUAGCUGUCGGACAUUCCUUGCCGCCGUCGGCCGUUACUGAAAUUAAGCUGCACACUAAUAUGUUUAUGUUUAGAGCUAGUAUGGACCUGAAACUUAUAUUUUUAGAUGCUAGGGUCUCACAACUAACAGGAUACGAACCACAGGAUCUGAUUGAAAAGACACUCUAUCAAUACAUACAUGCUGGUGAUGUCUUGCAGAUGCGAUAUUCACAUCAAAUUCUAAUGUAUAAAGGACAAGUGACUACCAAAUAUUAUCGAUUUUUGACUAAAGGUGGUGGUUGGACGUGGGUUCAAAGCUAUGCAACAGUCGUCCACAACACUAGAUCUUCGAGACCUCAUUGUAUCGUUAGUGUUAAUUAUGUGUUAAGUGAGCGAGAAGUCAAGCAUCUUCAACUCAAUGAGGUUCAAGGUCCUGUUAAACUUGAACCAGUAUCUACUCCCGUAACGCCGCACUACAAUCCAGUGUCUCCAGCACCUUCGAUCAAAAGUUACAUGAGUCAAAGUAGUUAUCCACCAACAUCAGAGCCACAACCACAAUUAAAUGACUUCGAGACGCAGUACACCGACAAUAAUACCAUGCAUCAGUACAUACCGCCUCAGCAGACAAUUCAUGCAGCGACGGCCGACUUUUCGUCGGACCCAAAUUAUUAUGAUCCGGCUUAUUAUCCCUAUUCCUCUGCAGUGAAUGAUCCGAAUAUGUUGCGGCCAACAUUUAGUGCAAGCUCAAAUAGUUGCAGCAGCUCCGAAGGAGAACAUCAAAUUCCAGUGCAUCACAUAUCACUUAACGAUGGAAACACGUUGAACAUGCAAGCACAAACCAAUCAUCAUCAAUAUCAUGAACUGCAUCACGCUUCCGACCACUUUAGCCUCGCUUGUUACAACGAUAGUCCGGGAAACGUCAAUAAUGGGAAUGAUCAUUCGGUUGCACAACAAUUUGUUGAGACCCCUUCAGCCUACCAUCAACAUCAACUGCAUCACGAUGAGUUCGUGCAUUGAACUAUAAACAUAUUUUAUUAAUUUUUUAAGAUAUUUCUUAAGAAAAAAAGAAUUAAGAGAAAGACUAAGUAACACCUUCUUAGAUGAAAGUGAUUAAUAAUUAAAUACUGCUGGCAGAACUCUCUGUAUUAACGUUAGCGUUUGUAAAUACAUAGAUAUAGGUAAUUUGUGUCUCUCUUUUAAUUAAUUAGGUACUACCUAAUAGGAAAAAUCUUUUUAAUACACACUUACUCAGUUACAUAUUUAUACAUAGAAAAAAAAAAACAAUUAGAGCAUUGUAGUUUUGAUGAAUGGAAGAAUCAAUUGAAUUGUUUAAAGCUAAAUUAUUAUUAUUUAAAUAA